AAACUAUUUUUCCUUUCAUAAUUAUAUAUCAUUAGUGCUUCACCCAGUGAUCAGCUCUCCUCUCCUUUCUACUUCUACCUCCAAAUCGGCCUGUCGUUCGUUCAUCAUCUGUUUUCCUUACAUUUAAUAGAUAGACAGAGGGAGACCGCGCUCUACAAUGUCUUCACCGUUAGAAAUCGAACUGCAAAACAACUGCCAUGCAUGGGAUCCGGCACUUUACAACGAUACCAAUUAUGGCUAUGUACCAUCUCUCGCUGCCGGAAUUGUCUUCACUGUACUGUUCGGUCUGUCUAUGAUUGCGCACACUGUACAAUUUAUUUGGACACGAUGGUGGUGGUGCUCUGUAUUCUCAGUUGGAGCUAUGGUUGAGGUUCUAGGUUGGGCAGGACGAGCCUGGUCCUCUCAGUGUCCAUAUAUGCUGACACCCUUUCUUAUGCAAAUAUCUACUCUCAUCAUUGCACCGGCCUUCUUCACAGCCGGCAUCUACGUUAUUCUGGGCCGUUUGAUUAACGUCCUCGGCCGCUCCUCCUCCAUCUUGAGUCCCGCGCUCUAUCUCUGGAUCUUCUGCACCUGCGACAUCAUCUCACUCGUCGUCCAAGCCAUUGGCGGUGGAAUGGCAUCUAGUGAAGCCGGUAAGGUCGAUGGCGACACCAAACCAGGAACCGAUAUCAUGGUUGCCGGUAUCGUAUUCCAACUAGCAUCCAUCACCGUCUUCGCUGUCUGCGUGUUCGACUUUUUACGCCGUAUCUUGAAACAAAGACUCCUACGAACUGUGCAAGGCAAUGUUACGCCGCUGCUUCUGGCUAUGAUGUUUUCCAUUGUGCUCAUCUAUAUCCGAAGUAUUUAUCGUGUUAUUGAGUUGGUGCAGGGCUGGUCAGGAUAUUUGAUCACUCACGAAGCUUACUUCAUUGCCUUGGAUGGAUCUAUGAUGGUUCCUGCUGUUGCAAUCUUCAACUUCGUGCAUCCCGGAUGGUUUAUGCCUACGAGGAAAUCGGUAGAUGACUUUGAACAGGUGUCGAUGAAUGAGAGAUUAGUUACAUGACUGUUGCAUUUCAUUUGAAGCUCUCCUAGAUCGCAGACGCAUUGUUGG